UACACUUCUCUGUCCCUUUUUUUUCCAUUCAAUAAUGUUCCUUCUAUUCUAUCCCUGCAGUUUUUCUGACAUUCCUCUCAGAUCCAUCCCUCUCUCUUGCUCUUUUCUUCAUUCCGUUGAUUCCCUUGUCUUCUUUGCAGAUAUUUGAAUUGACACAGCAGAUAGGCCUUUCUCUUCUCUUUUACUCCCCAAUUCUCAAUGGCGUGAAAUUGGGGAGUCUUGAAUGUAAAGGAAUAGAUAAAGCCUUUAAAGAAAUCAUUUUACAAUUUUAUAUCCUUUUCUGAAUGGAGUGAGGUUUGACCAGUGAUUCCUUUCGCUGUAUAAAUGUUGAAAUCGAGGUAGAUGGGAUUGGAAAGUGAAUUCAAAGCAAAGCUCUCAUAACCACUUUCUGUUUUCUUUGCAAGUUACUUCUUCUGGUUAAACACUUUGCUCUUGAUAGCCCCAGAUCCAGUUCUGAGUUUCUGCUUUAUAGUUCAUUUCAGGCUAAAGGGUUUUGGGAUUUUGGUUAGCAUUAGUAGUGGUUUUUGAGCACCAAGGGUUGGUUCUGUGGCUCAUGGUGUUCUGUGAGGGAAUAAGGAGGUGUUGCUUUUUUGCCUAUAUUAUAGAUGGAUAGGAGGAGUUGGCUAUGGCGCAGAAAGUCAUUUGAGAAAAGCCCUGGUGAAACUGAGAGUUCUGGAUCAGUGUCAUCUCAUUCAGAAAGAUUCUCUGAUGAUCAGGUAUAUUCCACCCAAACUACUCCAUCUCCAGAAGCUACGUCUAAGGCUGCUCCAAAUGAAGAAGUUACUAAUGCGAAGACUAUAACAGAAAAAUUAUCUGCUGCUCUCUUAAACAUUAGUUCCAAAGAAGACUUGAUAAAGCAGCAUGCUAAAGUUGCUGAAGAAGCUGUCUCAGGCUGGGAGAAGGCUGAAAAUGAAGUAUUAACUUUAAAACAACAACUUGACGCUGAAAAACAGAAGAAUUCAGUUCUUGAAGACCGAGUUAGUCAUCUUGAUGGGGAACUCGAGGAGUGCAUGCGGCAACUUCAACAAGCUAGAGAAGAGCUUAAGGCUCAGCUUCAAACAGCUAAAGCAGAUGCUGCUGCAUCAGUUGGUUUUGAUCUUCACCAGAGGCUUAAGGAUGUGGAGAAAGGGAAUUCAAGUCUUAAAAUUGAGCUACAAUAUCGACUUGAGGAACUAGAAUUCAGGACCAUUGAGAGGGAUUUAAGUACCCAAGCUGCCGAAAAAGCAAGCAAGCAACAUUUGGAGAGUAUAAAGAAGGUGGCUAAGCUCGAAGCCGAGUGCCGUAGACUUAAAGCCAUGACUUGCAAAACAUUCUCUGCUAAUGAUCACAGGUCUUUGAAUGCCUCUUCAGUUUAUGUGGAGUCUUUCACAGAUAGCAUGUCAGAUAGUGCAGAGAGGCUAAUUGUAGUUGAAAGUGAUAUGCACAAGUUAGGAGGAUGGGAGAUGAAUGAAGGUGAGCCAAGCAAUUAUGAUUCAUGGCAAUCUUCUUUAAUUACAGAAGAUCAAUUUAAGAAUGAAAACUCUACUGGAAAAAAUUGUAUGGUCCUUUCAACUGAGAUCAAUCUGAUGGAUGAUUUCCUUGAAAUGGAAAGGCUUGUUGCAUUGCCAGAUACAGAAAGUGUAAGCAGUUUUCUUAUGGUAGGACAUGCAUCAGACCAACCUAAUGUUGGCCAGGGCACAGUAAAUACUGAAGUGGAAGCUUUGGUUAAAAAGAAUGCUGCAUUGGAAAAGAAGCUAGAGAAAAUGGAGGCAGAUAAACUUGAGCUUGAGAUGGAUUUAACCGAGUGCCAAAAGCAGCUUGAGGCAUCACAGAAUAGGAUAAAGGAAAUGGAGUUGGAGGUAGCAGAGCUUCAAACUCAGUUAGCUCUUUCAAAAAAAUCAGAUGAAGAAGCAUAUGAAGAACUAAAAGAAACCCAAGCAAAGAAUGAGAUAGUUGAGUCAAAACUCAGAGUUUCUCAAACUGAGGUAGAAGAAUUGAUUUCAAAAAUUUGUUCAUUAGAGGAUGAGAUUGAGAAAGAGCAAGCUUUCUCUGCUGAGAAUUUGGCCAAGUGUGGGAACUUGGAGGAUGAGCUUUUCAGAAUGAAGCAUGAAGCACAACUUCAGCAAGACACUGAGAUACUACAUAGGGAAGGUUUUAAUAGUGAGUUAAACUUAAAGCAGGAGAAGGAACUUGAAUUGGCUGCUAGUAGAUUUUCUGAAUGCCGUAAAACCAUUGAAUCUCUUGGACUGCAAUUAAAGUCCCUUGCAACAGUGGAAGACUUCCUACUUGAUUCAGAGAACCCUAUGGAGUUAACUUGUCAAGUUACAUCAGGUCCCCAUAAUGGUGGUGAGCAGUUGAAAUUACAUAAUAGUGAUUUGAGUUUUCCCAAAAGAGAUUCUGAAUCAUCAGUUUAGUUAAACCCAUUUGUUACCUAUUAAAAAAGCAAUACUAGUUUUGGUAGAUUCUACACUAGAAGCAAGAAUGUAAGCAGAACAGCAAAUCACUAAAAAGGUAGGUGGAUAAAAGAAAAUGUGAAUUGUAAAAUGUGGUUUAUAAUUAUGGGAAAUAAUAGGCUUAUGUUUUAGGAGACUACUAUCUUAUGUCAUAUAUACUUCGAUAGUUGAACUGUCAUUUUUUAUUUUUUUUGUUUUUUUCCUUUAAAAGGGUGAACUCCAUCAUUUUGUGUCCUAGCAUAAGAUAUGCUCUCUCAUGCAACAUAGAGUAGACAAGCCCGUAUAGUUAUUCAACAAGUGUA